UGUGGAACCAAAAUUCAGGCAAAAACAAUCGAAGUCAAGCAUUUAAAAUAAGCCAGUCAAGUAGAAAAUAGAUUCAUUAAUUGUUUUAAAUUAUGUGGAGAGGGCUGAGAGAUCUAGAUAGAAACGAACAAUCAAAACAACAAUAUGUGCAAAUAAACGGAGUGACGAGUACGAGUGCAAUUAAUUGUGCAAUAACAAAAGUUGAAAGAUAACUGCUGCUGCAGCUGUUUUGAUUCUAGGAGGAGGAGACACAGAGCAGAGACACGGCACAGACGCAGACACGGGCAUUCCAAUGCACUUUCUCCAGAGCAAAACCUGUCGAGCGGCUUAUUUGACAUCCAUUCGGAUAUCAAUAGAAAAAUAGAGGCCAGGCCAAAGCCAGUAGCAGGCAAGCUGGCACACAAAUAGAAAAAAAGCACCUGUGUGCUGGAGCUGAAGCACACACAGCCACAGAAAUAGCAACAAAAAGUUGAUUGCCGGCUUUUGCCGUUUUAUUGGCAGCAGCAGCAGCAGCGGCAGCGGCGGCAUUAGAGCCACAGUCACAUCUUGGCCACUCUUGUGAUCGCUCGCUCGUUCAUUCCACUUCUACUUCUGCUUCCACUCCCCAAAACGCAAAACGCAGAACUCAAAAAGCAAAACGCAAAAGAAUUCCAUAAUUUGCAUAUGCCACACUCGCAUGCACAGAGAUCAUCAUCAUCACCAUCGAGAGGGUAGAAGCCAGGGAGGAGCCGGAGUAGGAGGAGGCAUGCUUGUCGAAUUGAGUCAUUAUUUGAUUGCCAGUGCCCAGAAAACACACAUACACAAAAUAGAAGGAUAGGAUGCCUGCUCUCGGGGAGAAAGUGCGUCGCCUGCUGGAGGCCAAAGAUUUGGGCGACAUCACCACAGAGCUGUGCGACUUCUCGCUGAAAGAGCAGAACGCCACCGCAGAGGCGCAGGGAGUGCAGCCGUCGUCGGCAUCCGACUUUAUGCCCAUACUCGGACAGACGGUCACCUACAUUGUGGCCUGUGUGCUGAUCAACGAGCACGACGAGCUGCUCAUGAUCGAGGAGGCCAAACAGAGCUGUGCAGGUAAGUGGUAUCUACCCGCUGGACGCAUGGAACGGGGCGAGUCCAUCACAGAGGCCGCCGCAAGGGAGGUGUUUGAGGAAACCGGACUGAAUGCGGAGAUAACGACACUGCUCGCUGUGGAGGCGGCCGGGGGCUCCUGGUUCCGAUUUGUGCUGACGGGACGCAUCACUGGCGGUCGCUUGAAGACGCCCGCAGAUGCGGAUGCGGAGUCCAUUCAAGCGCGAUGGGUGCUGAAUCCCCAGGAGAUGCCACUGCGGGCCAACGACAUCCUGAACAUCAUUGACAUUGGACGGGCCUACCACAAGGGAGCCAGGAAGAGGGGAGCGAUGGAGAGUGCCAGCGAGCCGCUAUGGCACGGCAGCAUCCUGCCCACGCGAUUCCCCCACAGGAGGAAUUACCUGCGUGUCCUGGCGGUGGCCCGAAAGCGGUCCAGCAACUCGAUGAACAUCCUCAUCAGCGAGAAGAACGCCCACCACUUCCCCACGGUGGAGCUGCAUCCGAACCGCAGUCUCCACUCGACGCUGCGUAAGUUCAUGAUUGAGAUUUUUGGAGCGGAGCUGCCGCAGCACAAGCCGCACGGCCUCUUGAGCGUGGAGCACUGUGCCUCCGAGGGGGAGAACACGGACGGAAUAUGCCUGAAUCUGCUGGUGGCCUUUCGGCCGCCCAUCGAGCAGAUAUCGCUGAUUGGCAAAUGCAUUUGGCAGGAGCUGGCGGCACCCUUGGACGAGAGGCUGGGGCGGAUUGUUAGCAGCAAACAGUCCUCGAUACCACUCAAUGUGGUGCGAUAGGAGGACCCGGCCAGAAUAACGAGGAUUAGGAUAGCAGCGUGCCUUAGUCUUUAGUCGUAGGUUAAAUCCCCAGUGGCCCCCCUAUCCACUAUCCAAUCCAUGGUGCAAGCAAUCUAUAAUCCACAAUUUAGUUGCAAUUAAAGGAAUACACAGAUCACAGAUACA